CUUCUGGUUUCCGACGAUCUGACGACGCAGUGACGCAAUAGAGCUUCUCUAUGGAUUCCGGUCGUCUGUUCUUCGAUGCUUCCUGCCAUGGGAACAUGUUGUUCCUUGGGAACCAAGAUUCCAUCUUUCGAGGAACAGGAUCGAUGCUGAACAUGGAGGAAAGCACGAAGAGACGCCCUUUCUUUAGCUCGCCGGAAGAACUCAUGGAUGAAGAAUAUUACGACGAACAGCUUCCAGAAAAGAAACGGCGCCUUACCUCUGGGCAGGUUCACCUCUUGGAGAAGAGCUUCGAAACAGAGAACAAGCUGGAGCCAGAGAGGAAGACACAGCUUGCGAAGAAGCUCGGUCUGCAACCGAGGCAGGUUGCCGUGUGGUUCCAGAACCGCAGGGCUCGUUGGAAGACGAAGCAGCUCGAGAGAGAUUAUGAUGUUCUCAAGUCAUCUUACGAAUCCCUUCUCUCCGAUUACGAAUCCAUGCUUAAGGAGAAAGAUAAGCUCAAAGCUGAGUUGGUGGCCCUGAAGGAGAAACAGCAGGCAAAGGAAGCAACAGGAGAUGGUGGUCAGAUACCGGUUGGACCAGUGGUCGAACCGGAAGGAGGGCUGGGAGAGGAAGGAGCGGUUCAGAUAAGCGUGAAGGUGGAGGAUAGGCUGAGCUCAGGGAGCGGAGGAAGCGCGGUGGUGGACGUCGAUGAUGGUGGUCUACAGCUGGUGGACAGCGGCGACUCUUACUUUCCUGAUGAGGAGGAAUACCACCAUGGCUGUAUGGCGGGAGAUGGAUCUGGCUCUGGGCCUGUCGAUAGGGUGGAAGAUAACGGCAGUGACAAUGGUGGCACUUACUUUUCCGGCGACUUCGCCAGUGUCGACCACCAAUCGAAUGAGGCCACCGAACCCUUGGCCUGGUGGGUCUGGUCUUGAAAAGUUCUCUCUUUCUCUUCAUUUUUCUUCUGCAAAAUCGCCAUUCUG